UCAAAUCCAACUUUUAACUAACUUUGACACAAGUUCUAUACAAAUUUUUCUUGCAUAAUUUCUCCAGAAAUUUAUGGUGAAGAAAUAUAGACUAGGAAUAGCCAAUAGGGGAUGGCCCAUUUUGGGAUUUUCCAGGAAUAACCUGAUCUCCGCCACCGUACCUCAACACACACCCUCCACUAUAUAUAAAUUUCCCCUCUCGCCACCUUCUCCAAGCCAUCAUCGUCUCUAUCCAAUAGCAUAUGUUUCAGAGACCUAAGUUCACUCACUUUUCUUCUGCAGCCUUCAAUCUCCAUUCCCAUCUCCUGGUUUCCAGUGGGAUGAAUCCACAUUCCUACUGCUAAUCUUUUUCCCAUUAAAAUUCCCAACUUUCUUUCUUUGAUUGUUUUUUCCCUUUCCUUCUUUCUUUUCCCAGAAAAUAGAAGCAAGGCCCUCAAUUUUGCCUUUUCUUUAUUGAUCUUGAUUCUUGGCUUAAGUUUUCAAAAAUGGGCCUCAAAGGUUUUGUUGAAGGAGGCAUAGCUUCAAUGGUUGCUGGGUGCUCUACCCACCCUCUUGACCUCAUUAAGGUCCGCAUGCAACUCCAAGGAGAAACCCAUGCGACGAAUCCUGCCGCCGGCGCCCAAACGCUCCGCCCGGCUUUGACUUUCCACACCACCACUCCUGUGCCUCAACAACCAUUACCCACUUCAGCACCUCGUGCGGGUCCUAUUGCCGUCGGUGUCCGCAUUCUCCAGCAAGAAGGUGUGGCUGCUCUUUUCUCAGGCGUUUCUGCCACCAUGCUCCGCCAGACGCUCUAUUCCACCACCCGAAUGGGACUCUACGACAUGUUAAAGCAGAAAUGGACUGAUCCCCACACCAAAACCAUGCCUUUAACGAGCAAGAUUGGUGCUGGACUUAUAGCCGGUGGUAUCGGUGCUGCCGUUGGCAACCCCGCAGACGUUGCAAUGGUCCGCAUGCAAGCAGACGGACGUCUUCCAGCAGCUCAGCGCCGGAACUACAAGAGCGUCAUCGACGCAAUCACUCGCAUGUCAAAGCAAGAAGGCGUUACAAGCCUGUGGCGUGGCUCAUCGCUGACGGUGAACCGAGCCAUGCUGGUGACAGCAUCUCAGCUAGCAUCAUACGAUCAAUUCAAGGAAACGAUCCUGAAAAAAGAGUUGAUGCGUGAUGGGUUCGGCACCCAUGUGACAGCGAGUUUCGCGGCAGGGUUCGUGGCGGCGGUAGUGACGAACCCGGUGGACGUGAUAAAGACAAGAGUGAUGAACAUGAAGGUGGAGGCAGGGGAGGCGCCACCGUAUGCAGGGGCAUUGGAUUGCGCAGUGAAGACGGUGAAGGCGGAGGGGCCGAUUGCGCUGUACAAGGGAUUUAUACCAACGAUUUCAAGGCAAGGGCCAUUCACGAUUGUGCUGUUUGUGACAUUAGAACAAGUCAGAAAGCUGCUCAAGGAUUUCUGAUCAUUGACGAUGACAAAUAAGAUUUCUGGAAUAUUUUUUUAAGAAUAAUUAUGAAUUUAUAUAAAAAGUACUAGUAAAUAGGAAUCUGAAUUUUUUUUAGCUGUUGAGUGUUGAUUAUGCAUGAAGCUACUUUUAUAAACUUCACUCAAAAUUACAUAUCAUGUAAA